AUGUCGUUGAAUUCCUUUGAUGCACUGCCGGUCGUCGCUGGCCUGACCGGCAUCAGUUUUCAUGCUCUACUUUACCGCCAUGGAGAGUGGGACACGAAGGCUCCAGCUGUCGUGAUUAAUUACGCCAUUGUUUCUGCAAUAUUGGUCAGCGUGGAGUACCUCGGCGUCUACAGUAGCAUCCUCAUUUAUCGAGGCGCAUUGCAUCGACUAAAUGAUUUCCCUGGGCCAUUUCUUGCGCGACUUUCGAACUUCUACAUCACUUUCUUGUCCGCCAAAAAUUUUCGUCUGUACGAAGAAACACAAAAGCUUCAUCAGAAAUACGGUGAUUACGUGCGGAUUGGCCCUACAGAACUCUCGAUUUCUGAUCCAGUCGCGGUGAAAUUACUCUACAGUUCACAGGCAAAGACCCUCAAAGGACCAUGGUACAACUGUAUCGAGCCUCGAGUUUCAGUCCAAACCGACCGGGACAAGGCAUCUCAUGCAAGAAGACGAAAGACCUGGGAUCAGGGAUUUAGCUCACAAGCAUUGCGUGAUUACGAGCCUCGCGUGGCCCACUAUACCGCACAGCUCAUUCAGGCCAUUGAAAAAGAUCUGAACAAACCGAUGAACAUGACCAAAUGGUUCAACCUCUAUUCCAUCGACGUGAUGGGGGAUCUUUCCUUCGGAAAGUCAUUUGACAUGCUCGCAGAUAAUGAGGACAAGUACUUUCUUAACCAACUGCAUGCUGAUAUGAAGAUGAUUGGACUGUUCAGUCAUUUGAUGUGGCUGUUCCCCUUCUUUAAGCGUAUCCCUGGUAUCAAUGCAGACUACCUCAAAUUUUGGGGGUGGCUUGAUAACAAAGUCCAAAAUCGCAUCAAGAAUCCCCCAAGCCGCCCAGAUGUCUUCUCGUGGCUUCUGAAAGCAUUUGAACAAGGCGCCAAGACCGAUCAAGAUCAUCUUAACCUACACGGGGACACAUAUCUCAUCAGUGUUGCUGGAAGUGACACAACUGCAGCGACUUUGACCAACGUGUUCUUUGAGCUGGCAAGGGACCCCAAACUGCAAAAAUCACUUCAAUCAGAAUUAGAUGCGCUACCAGAUUUAUCCACCGAUCGUUUGACAGGACUAAAAUAUCUCGAUGCUAUUAUAAAUGAGACCCUGCGUCUGCAUCCAGUAAUCCCCUCGGGGCUGCAGAGACUUACUCCCCCCGAAGGUCUCCAGAUAGGCGAGACAUACAUCCCCGGCGACGUGAUGGUCGCGGUGCCUAUGCACGCACUAUUCAGAGAUGAAAGAGUAUUCGGUUUUCCAGACGAGUUCAGGCCAGAGAGGUGGACUUCGGAACCUGAACUCGUUAAGGACGCCUCGGCCUUUAUUCCAUUCGGAGCUGGUCCGUAUAUUUGCGUUGGAAAACAGCUGGCAUUAAUUGAAAUCCGCCGAGUCACCGCCGAGAUCUUGACUCGAUACGAUGUUUCUUUCGUAUCUGGAUUUAGUGAAGCAUCCUUCUGGAGUGGAAAGCGUGACGCAUUCACGUUAGUUGCGGCACCUAUGGAGUUGAUUUUCAAGAGCAGGGAAUAG